AAUAUCCAUUUUAUUUCUCUUACUAGAAAAUAAUCCAAGAAUCUGAAGCUUCCCCUCAAAUAAAUCCCCCAAAAAAGCUUCAGAAAUUUGUUUUCCCUGUUAGGCGUACAGGGAAAAUCAAUAUCUGAAAACAACAAAAAGAAGUUGGUAAUCCAAUAAAUUACUGUUACGCCAUUAUUUAAUUAACUUUUACUAAAUAAUUCAAGGUGUGCAACCAUGCAUAUUGGUUGCCACUUAAAGUUGUUCGUCAUCUUUACCAUUAUCCUCCUCUUGAACACCAUCAAACCAUCCUUUUCCGGCAACCCAAAAGCGGCGGCCUCGGCGGCGAUAGCCCUAGAUUGUGGAGCAACUAGUGAAGGUAAAGAUGGGGAUGGAAGAAAAUGGGACAUAGAUACAAAAUACCUUCCUCCUUCUCAAGGUGAUUCCCAAACAAUAAAAGCAACUUUUCAAGACCCUUCUCUUCCAUCUGAAAUCCCUUAUAUGACAGCUAGGGUAAGUAACUCUGAUAUGUCAUACAAAUUUCCAAUCGAUUCCAAAUCCCGCUAUUUUCUACGCCUCCAUUUUUACCCAACAAAUUACAACUCUUUCAACAUUAGCAACUCAUAUUUCUCUGUUACUGUUGCUGGGUUUACCCUUCUUAACAAUUUCAGCGCAGCCAUAACAGCUGAAGCUUUAACCCAAGCUUAUAUUAUUAAGGAGUAUUCAAUUGCUCCUUUAGAUGAUGGGGUUGAUUCUUUAGAGGUUGUUUUUAAGCCUUCAAAUAAACACCCUGGUUCAUUUUCCUUCAUCAAUGGUAUUGAAUUGGUUCCUACACCCAACUUCUUUGAUUCUGCAUCUUUGGUAGGUUUCUCUGAUCAAACCUUAGAUGGAAAAACUUCAACUGUUGAAACAAUUGCAAGGUUGAAUGUAGGUGGAAAUUAUAUCCCUCCUACAAAUGAUUCGGGUUUAUUAAGGACAUGGUAUGAUGACACACCCUAUAUCUUUGGGGCUGCUGCUGGUGUUACCUCUGCAGAUAAUGAAACUGUAGGACUGGUUUAUCAAGGUAUGCCUAAAUAUAUUGCACCUUAUGAUGUUUAUGAUACAUGGAGGUCUAUGGGACCCGACCCGAACAUUACCCUGAAUUUCAAUCUGACAUGGGCUUUCUCUGUUGAUCCUGCAUUCACAUAUAUUAUAAGGUUACAUUUCUGUGAACAUAUCUACUCAAAAGUUAACCAAAGGUUGUUCAACAUUUUCAUUUAUAACCAAACUGCAACACCUAGUGGUGCUGAUGUCAUAGCCUGGACCGGGGCUAAGGACGUCCCUAUUUAUAAGGACUACGCGGUAAAUGUGCAGGGUAAGGAAGGACAACAAGAGCUUCUUGUAGGACUUCACCCUAGAGAUGGUGUUGAAAAACCAGAGUUUUAUGAUGCACUACUUAAUGGGUUAGAGAUGUUUAAGGUGAGUGAUGGUAAUAAGAAUUUAGCAGGUCCUAAUCCAACUUUGUCUGAAGCAUUAGCUAAAGUUGUGAAAGAAAAAAGGGAAGAUUUCUCCAAAGAUAAACCUAACAUUAACGCGAUUGGUGCUGCUAGUGGUGUUGCAGCUGCUUUUGGGUUAGCCACAGUUUUUGCAGUUGUGUUGUAUAAGAAGAAGAGUAAGAUGCCGCGGUCUAAAUCUGGAACAACUAGCUGGUUGCCACUGUAUGGUAAUUCUCAGACAACAGGGAUGAAGUCAACCAUUGGAGGAAGUAGUGUUGCGAGUGCUCAACUGUCAACUGAAGCAGCUGCUAACUGUCGUCACUUCACCUUAGCGGAGAUAAGAAGGGCUACUAAAAACUUUGAUGAAUCACAUGUGAUUGGUGUUGGAGGUUUUGGUAAGGUGUAUAAAGGUGUGAUUGAUGGGAGUUUUAAGGUGGCUAUUAAGAAAUCAAACCCAUCAUCUGAACAAGGAGUUAAUGAGUUUGUUACAGAGAUUGAAAUGCUUUCUAAACUUAGGCAUAAACAUCUGGUUUCUCUAAUUGGGUAUUGUGAAGAAGAUGGAGAGAUGGCAUUGGUGUAUGAUUUCAUGGCACAUGGUACUUUAAGAGAACAUUUGUAUAAGGGAAACAAGAUCAAUCUUACUUGGAAGCAAAGAUUAGAGAUGUUGAUUGGUGCUGCGAAAGGUCUUCAUUAUCUUCAUACUGGAUCAAAGUACACAAUCAUUCAUCGCGAUGUCAAGACUACUAAUAUAUUGUUGGAUGAAAACUGGGUUGCUAAGAUCUCUGACUUCGGGUUGUCGAAAACCGGACCUGAAACAACAAACCAAAACCAUGUAAGUACAGUUGUGAAAGGAAGUUUUGGUUAUUUAGACCCUGAAUAUUUCAGAAGACAACAGUUGACAGAGAAAUCAGAUGUCUAUUCAUUUGGAGUUGUACUUUUUGAGAUCUUGUGUGCUAGGCCUGCUCUUAACCCAAGCCUUCCAAAGGAGCAAGUUAGUUUGGCAGAUUGGGCACGAAGUUCAGUCAGAAAGGGAAACAUAGAUGAUAUCAUUGAUCCUCAUAUUAAAGGAACCAUAAAACCAGAAUGCUUAAAAAAGUUUGUAGAUACUGCUUUUAAGUGUCUAUCAGAUCAUGGUAUUGAUCGACCUUCAAUGAGUGACUUACUAUGGAACCUUGAAUUCUCUCUUCAACUUCAGGAAAGUGGUGAUGGUGAAAAAGCUGCUACUAAUAAUGGAAGGAAUAAUGCAGUAAGUGAUAACAUAAACAUGCAUUUGAACACAUUGAAUCUAGAAGAAGAUGAAGAUGAGGGUGAUGAUGAAUAUUCGGCUGCAACUACAUUGUCAUCAAAUGAAGAAAACUCAAGCACUGCAAUCUUUUCACAGAUUGUUCAUCAAACAGGUCGAUGAUUCGAUUCGGUUUCGAGGUGCUAGAAUUUCUAUAAUCUUUGUAUUAGAGACAUUCUUAAGGAUCAAAUGCAUGAGGAAUUGGAAAUUAUUCAAGCUUGGGAUAAUGUCAAAACUUUAUAACUAAAAAUUAAGUUUCUUGUUUAUACUCCUUUCUAGAGAGUGAUGCUUAGUAACGUACAUGGUUUAUAUUUUGUGUUUUUGAAUUCUUGUAAUUAGUUUUUCUUUUCUUAUUUUUGUACUUAUCACCCAAUUUCAAACUUUAAUUUGUAUCUUUGAGUACAAAAUUACAUCAUUUUCUCCCA